AUCCGCCCCAGGGGCGGGGCUACACGGCGUGUCGGAGUCCGUCGCGUGCUCUGCCCUCCGCCCGACCCGUAGCCAUGGCGCCGCGUCGCCGCCGGCCCCCUCGGGGCCGCGAGCCCGAGCCCGAGCCGGGCGCGGAGGGGAGCCCGGAGCGGCCGCAGGCAUCCAGUAAGAUCUUACCAGCCUUUCCAACGCCUGAUUACUCCUCUGACAUGGAGCCAGACACUAGAGAGAUGGUACGAGCACAGAACAAAAAGAAGAAGAAAUCUGGGGGCUUCCAGUCUAUGGGCUUGAGUUAUCCUGUAUUCAAAGGGGUCAUGAAGAAAGGCUACAAAGUGCCUACGCCAAUCCAGCGAAGGACCAUCCCUGUGAUCCUGGAUGGGAAAGACAUGGUGGCCAUGGCAAGGACCGGCAGUGGGAAGACGGCUUGUUUCCUCAUCCCCAUGUUUGAGAAGCUGAAGGCGCACAGUGCCCAGACGGGAGCCCGAGCCCUCAUCCUCUCGCCAACCCGCGAGCUUGCCUUGCAGACUAUGAAAUUCACAAAGGAGCUGGGCAAGUUCACAGGCCUGAAGACUGCGUUGAUUCUGGGAGGAGAGAGAACAGGCUCGCAGGUGCUGCACGCAGUGGGUCUGAUUCUGCACUCGCGGUGUAAAUGGGAAGUGACGCCACUGAAGCUGAUGGAGUCACAACCUCAUCCAAUGGGGGCUGCCUGCUACUCCGCACCUCUUAAGAGCAUCUUCCUAUGUGUAUUUCUGGGGGGAGAGCAGAGACUGGAGAUGGGUCUUCCUGGAGUGGACCUGUCAUCUGAAUGUCCUUCUUGGCCCGGCAGAUUUGGGCUGGAGAGGCAGGUGGGAUGGGAGGGGGUUGGUUGGGAAGAGCUGCCUUGUCCUAUUUUUCACCAGAGUGGAGAGCUGCAGCUUCCCCAGCUCCAUCUCUCUCCACCAGGACAGGUGGGUGCCUGGGUGUGGGUAGCACCUUGGCCCUGUCCUGGAGUUGUGGGCAGCUGGGUGCCUGUGCCCAUUGGUGUCUGUCAUUCCAGAAUCAUUGGCACCCCGGGGCGCCUGAUGCACGUGGCUGUGGAAAUGAACCUGAAACUGCACAGUGUGGAGUACGUGGUGUUUGACGAAGCUGACAGGCUCUUUGAGAUGGGGUUUGCGGAGCAGCUGCAAGAGAUCAUCGCCCGGCUCCCCGAGAGCCGCCAGACCCUGCUUUUCUCUGCCACGCUCCCCAAACUGCUCGUGGAGUUUGCUCGGGCCGGUCUCACUGAGCCAGUCUUGAUCCGGUUGGACGUGGAGACCAAGCUCAGUGAGCAGCUCAAGCUGGCCUUCUUCCAUGUGCGCGCAGAUGACAAGCCGGCCGUGCUGCUGCACCUGCUGAGGAGCGUGGUGAGGCCGCAGGAUCAGACAGUCGUCUUCGUGGCCACCAAGCACCAUGCGGAGUACCUCAAGGAGUUGCUGACAGCGCAGGGCGUGAACUGCACCCAUAUCUACAGCUCCCUGGACCAGGCAGCCCGGAAAAUCAACAUCGCCAAGUUCGUGCACGGCCAGUGCGCAGUGCUGAUUGUUACCGACGUGGCUGCCCGCGGCAUUGAUAUCCCCAUGCUGGACAAUGUCAUCAACUACAGCUUCCCUGCCAAGCCCAAGCUGUUCCUGCACCGUGUCGGCCGCGUGGCCCGCGCUGGCCGCAGUGGCACCGCCUACUCCCUGGUGGCAUCGGAUGAGACCCCAUAUGUCUUUGACUUGCACCUGUUCCUAGGGCGCCCGCUCACCCUCGCCAGCCCCCACGAGAAACCCUCAGACGGGGAUGGGGUGUUUGGCAGAGUCCCCCAGAGCGUCAUCGACGAUGAGGAGUGUCUGCUGUUCACUGACCACGAGAGCUCACUGGAUCUGCAGAGCCUGCGCAAGGUGUCGGAGAAUGCGCACAAGCAGUACCUGAAGUCCCGUCCUGGCCCCUCGCCCGAGUCUGUCAAGAGGGUGAAGGAGCUGGACUUCUCCCUGCUGGGCAUCCACCCGCUCUUCAGUUCUUGCUUUGGGGAGGAUGAGCUGGAGAGACUGAAGUUCGUGGACAACAUUAAAACCUACAGAUCCAAAGCAACCAUCUUUGAGAUCAACGCCACCAACAAGACCCUGGCCAGCGAUGUGAUGCGAGCCAAGCGGAGCCGCGACCGCAGCCUCAUUGACAAGUACCAGAGGGGGCAGCAGGAGAGACGGGCUGGGGCUGCGCUGGGGGGCCAGGACCCAGCAGUCCCUGCCCCUGAGGAGGAGGAAGCAAACCUCCAGGAAGUGUUCUCCGCUGUGGUGGGCAGGAAGCGGAAGCAGCAUCAGGUGGGAGAGGGCCUCAGGAAGAAGCAGCGGCAUGAGGCACAGCGGGAUGAGGAGUUCUACAUUCCCUACCGGCCCAAGGACUUGGAGAGCGAGCGGGGGCUGAGCAUUGGCGGGGAGGGCAGUGCCUUUGAGCAGCAGGCUUCUGGCGCCGUGCUCGACCUCCUGGGAGACGAGACCCACAACAUGAGCAAGACCAAGCAGCUGCUCAAGUGGGACCGCAAGAAGAAGCGGUUUGUGGGGAAAACUGGCCAAGAGGACAAGAAGAAAAUCUGCACAGAGAGUGGCAGGUACAUCAGCGGCUCCUACAAGAACAACCUCUAUGAGAAGUGGAAGAAGAAAUACAAAGUUGAGGAGUGGGACUCCGAGGAGGAGGCGGGGAGCGAGCCGAGAGGCGGAGCGCACCGCAGGGGCAGAGGAGGCAAGCGGCUGGCGCCCGCCCCCGGGAAGCACGGCUCCCAGCAGGGCAAGGUGCACUCGGAGCUGAAGAGCAAGCAGCAGAUCUUGAAGCAGAGGAAGCGGGUGGCCAAGCAGAACUUUCUGCAGACGGGCGGCCUGAAGCGGCUGAAAGGCAAGAAGCGGCAGCGGGUGCAGGAGCUGCGCAGGACGGCGUUUGGCCGUGGUGCUGCCAAGAAGGGGAAAAUGAGGAAAAGGAUGUAAAGAAUGGAGCGUGGGAGGGCAGCAGGCCUGGUCUGAGCGAAGGGCUGAUUCCCAGCCAUCUCCCCUUUCUGGGGGUGAGCUGCCCCAUGCAGACUCCGCCCUGGGCAGGUGCCAUUAAAGGACAUUGGUUGGUUUUCA